GGCGCGGGGCGGCGGAGCCUCGGGGCUGCGCUCGCCGGGAACAAAAGGCUCCUGCUGCCCGCGCAGCGCGCCGUGGCCCGGGCUCCGCGGCACCAUGUCCGGCUGCGAGCCCCGCCGCGCCCGGGCGCUGCUGCCGCUGCUGCUCGCCCUCUGCAGCCUGAGCGCUGCCCAGCCCCGCCAGCGCCAGGGUUAUUUGAUUGCAGCACCUUCUGUUUUCCGCUCUGGGGUGGAGGAAGCCAUAAGUGUGACCAUCUUCAACUCUGUGAAGGAGACCACGGUGCAGAUCCAGCUGGUGGUGAAAGGAGAGACGGUGUCACGGAGCCACGGAACGGUCCUGGAUAAAGGAACAAUUAAGCUGAAGGUGCCUUCAGGGCUUCGUGGACAAGCACACCUGAAGGUUUGGGGCAACAGGCACCUGGCAGAGGAAGGGUACAUUUUCCACAACUACACCACGGUCACCAUCGACAGCAAGGGCUCCUCAGUGUUCAUCCAGACUGACAAACCUGUCUACAAACCCAAGCAGAAAGUGUUGAUAAAUCUCUUCAUGGUGACUUCUGACCUGAGGCCAGUCAAUGACAGGAUUGAAGCUUAUGUGGUGGAUCCUCGGGGCUCUCGGAUGAUAGAAUGGAAGAACUUGAAGCCAUUUUGUUGUGGCAUUGUCAAUAUGACUUUUCCCCUGUCUGAUCAGCCAGUGUUUGGGGAAUGGCUCAUCUUUGCUGAGAUGCAGGGGCACACUUACAACAAAUCCUUUGAGGUGCAGAAAUAUGUGUUGCCAAAGUUUGAGCUGCUGAUCGAUCCCCCUCGCUACAUCCGUGACCUGUCACUGUGUGAAAAAGGAACUGUCCAUGCCAGAUACACAUUUGGCAAACCAGUGACAGGGAAGCUAAUUGUCAAUAUGACUAUAAAUGGUGUUGGGUACUACAGACAUGAAGUGGGACACCCUGUCCUCAAGACCACCCAGAUCGACGGCUCUGCCGCCUUCGAGGUGUGUGUCAGGGACAUGAUGCCAGCAGAUGUCCCCGAGCACUUCCGAGGCACAGUCAACAUCUGGGCCACGGUGAUCAGCUCUGAUGGCAGCAAGCAGGUGACCUUUGAUGACUCCACACCUGUCCAGAAACAGCUGAUUGAUAUCAAGUACUCCAAGGACACCAGGAAACAGUUCAAACCUGGGCUGCCCUACAAAGGAAAGGUAGAGGUCACUUACCCCGAUGGGAGUCCAGCUGACAGAGUCACCAUCCGAAUUAAAGCUGAGCUCACACCAAAGGACAAUGUUUACACAAGUGAACUGGUCUCAAGGAAUGGCCUGGUGGAGUUUGAAAUCCCCUCCAUCCCCACAGCUGCCCAAUAUGUCUGGCUGGAGACCAAAGUGAUAGCAAUUGAUGGGAAGCCCUCUGGGGAUCAGUAUCUGCCCAACUACUUGUCCAUCAGCAGCUGGUACUCACCCAGCAAGUGUCACAUCCAGCUCCAGGCACCAGAUAAACCUUUCCAGGUGGGAGAGGAGGCCUGGAUUGCAGUGAAAUCCACCUGUCCCUGCAACUUCACUCUCCACUAUGAGGUGGCAUCACGAGGGAACAUUGUCCUGUCGGGGCUGCAGCCCAGCAAUGUCACCCAGCAGAGGAGCAAGAGAGCCACCAGCCCCUUGGAGAGGAACAUUGACCUCACACGCUUCCCAGAAACAGCACCUCCCAGCACUCCUGCAGCAGAGGUUGAGGUGUGUGUGACCUUCCUGAGGUUCUCAGUCGUUCACUCCAUGGCUCCCCUGGGUCGGCUCCUGGUGUACUACGUCAGGGAGAAUGGAGAGGGGGUCACAGACAGCCUGCAGUUCACUGUCACCUCCUCCUUUGAGAACCAGGUUAGCGUGGCACUCUCAGCCAACGAGACCAGGCCUGGUGAUGUUGUGAACAUCAAGGUCAGAGCUGCAAGAGGAAGCUGUGUCUGCAUGGCCACGGUGGACAAGAGUGUCUACCUGCUCAAGACAGGCUUCCAGCUGACAGCCAGCCAGGUGUUCCAGGAGCUUGCAGAGUAUGACGUGUCUGAUGCUUUUGGAGCUCCAAAGGAAGAAGGGCACUUCUGGUGGCCUGGCAUGUCCUCCCGCCGGCGCCGCAGGUCCUCUGUGUUCCCCUGGCACUGGGACAUCACCAAGGACGCUCGCUUCGCCUUCACAGAAACUGGCUUGGUGGUGAUGACUGACAUAGUCAGCCUGAACCACAGGCAGAAUGGAGGGAUGUACACAGAUGAGGCUGUCCCAGCCUUCCAGCCACACACUGGCACCUUGGUGGCCACCAUGCAUUCCAAAAUAGCACCAAGCAGAGCAGAGAAGAGGAAAAGAACCUUCUUCCCUGAGACGUGGAUUUGGCACUGCCUCAAUGUCAGCAGCAGCUCAGGGGAAGCCCAGCUGCAGGUGGAGGUGCCCGACUCCAUCACCACGUGGAUCACGGAGGCCGUGGCUCUGUCUGAGGAGAAGGGGCUGGGCAUUGCCAGCCAGACAGAGCUGAAGACAUUCAAACCCUUCUUCAUCGACUUCACCCUGCCCUACCACGUCAUCAGGGGAGAGCAGACCAAGAUCCCCCUCACUGUCUACAACUACCUGCCCCUGUGUGCCGAGGUCCACGUGAAGAUUUCUGUCCCAAAAGGCAUAAAGUUUGUUGGGCACCCUGGGAAGCACCACCUGACCAGGAAGAAGUGUGUGGCCCCUGGGGAAGCCAAGCCCACCUCCAUCGUCCUGGCCUUCAACGAGCUGGGCCUGAGCAACAUCACUGCAAAAGCUUUUGCCUAUGGUGGGACCAACUGCUGCCAGGAGGGGAUGCAGAGCCUGAAGAAUGGCAAACACUCUGAGGACUCUUACAUGGACAAAAGGAGCCCUGUGGGGGUGGAUUAUGUUCGCAGCAGUGUCAUUAUUGAGCCAGAGGGACUGUCCAGAGAAUACACCUACAGUGUGUUCUUCUGCCCAAAUGAGAAAAUACACAUUUCCACGCCUAACAAAUAUGAGUACCAGUACAUGCAGAAGCCAGCCCAGAUGAGGCACUUUGACCUUGCUGUGAAGGCUCACAACGAUGCUCACCUGGCCCUGUCCUCGGGCCCCCACGACAUGGCAGAGAUGGCAGAGAUCGUCAUCGGGGGACAGCAGAACACCAAAACCUGGAUUUCCACCAGCAAAAUGGGAGAGCCAGUGGCCAGCAGGGACACGCCUGGCAUCCUCUCCUGGGAUGAAUUCCGCAGCUUCUGGAUCAGCUGGAAAAAUGGAGUUAUCCAGGUUGGCCACGGUACUCGGGUGCUAAACGAAUCUAUUAUUGUGGAGUGGACAGUCCCCAAACAGCUUGAGGUGAAGUACAUUGGCUUUUCCACAGGCUGGGGGUCAAUGGGAGAGUUUAAAAUUUGGAGAAAAGAAGAGACUGAUGAAAAUCACAAUGAAGCAUUUACUCUUGGAGUUCCCCACAACAUAAUUCCAGGAUCAGAAAGAGCUACGGCUUCAAUAAUAGGAGAUGUGAUGGGUCCUACCCUGAACAACCUGGACAACCUGCUGAGGUUGCCCUUUGGCUGUGGGGAGCAGAACAUGAUCCAUUUUGCUCCCAACGUCUUUGUCCUGAAAUACCUGCAGAAAACCAAGCAGCUCAGCCACGAGGUGGAGGUUGAAGCUACAGAUUACCUUGUUCAAGGCUACCAGCGCCAGCUGACCUACAAGAGGCAGGAUGGCUCCUACAGUGCUUUUGGGGAGAGGGACUCCUCAGGGAGCAUGUGGUUAACAGCUUUUGUCCUCAAGUCCUUUGCUCAGUCCCGUGGGUUUAUUUUCAUUGACCCCAAAGAACUCACAGCUGCCAAAGACUGGAUCAUCCAGCACCAGAAAGAAGAUGGUUCUUUCCCUGCUAUGGGCAGGAUACUAAACAAGGACAUUCAGGGUGGGAUCCAUGGGAAGAUCUCCCUGACAGCUUAUGUGGUUGCAUCUCUUCUGGAAACAGGUGUUACUUCUGAGGAAGAAAGAACAGCUGUAGACAAAGCAAAACACUUCCUGGAGUCCAACCUGUACUCAGCAGAAGACCCCUACACCACAGCCCUGAGUGCCUACGCCCUGACCCUGCUGCACAGCCCCAGUGCAGCUGCCACGCUGCGCAGGAUGAACAGCAUGGCCAUCACCCAAGAUGGAUUUACACACUGGAGCCUCACAGGAACCCUUGUCACUGAUGAAGACACCUUCAUGGGGUUUAAUGAUGGACUCUCUCAAUCAGUUGUUUCUGCGGAGGUGGAAAUGACAUCUUAUGCCCUUCUGACCUACACACUCCUGGGAGACGUGGCCUCUGCACUCCCUGUGGUCAAGUGGCUCUCACAGCAGAGGAAUGCCCUGGGAGGAUUCUCAUCUACUCAGGACACCUGUGUGGCCUUGCAGGCUCUGGCUGAAUAUGCCAUCCUUUCUUAUGUUGGAGGAGUCAAUCUGACCAUUUCCUUGGCUUCCACUAACCUGGACUACCAGGAGACCUUUGAGCUUAACAAGAUGAACAAAAAAGUCCUUCAGACUGCAGUGAUCCCCAGUAUUCCAACAGGGCUGUUUGUGAGUGCCAAGGGUGAAGGCUGCUGUCUGAUGCAGAUCGAUGUCACUUACAAUGUACCUGAUCCCAUAGCCAAGCCAGCCUUCCAGCUGCUGGUGACCCUGAAGGAGCCCAAGGCAGAGCAGCCCCUGCCAGCCCCAGCCCCGCUGCGCUCGGGCUCUGCCGCCGGGCGCCGCCCCGGAGCCCUGCACAGGGACAGGGCCCUGGGGGACGACGAGGACCCGGCCUCAGACCAGGACCACCGAGAGUACAAAGUCAUCCUGGAGACCUGCACGAGAUGGCUGCACUCUGGAUCCUCAAACAUGGCUGUGUUGGAAGUGCCUUUGUUCUCGGGGUUUCGGGCAGAUAUUGAGAGCCUGGAGCAGUUAUUGAUGAACAAGCAAAUUGGGUUAAAAAGAUAUGAAGUGGAUGGAAGAAAAGUCCUGUUUUAUUUUGAUGAGAUUCCCAGCCAGUGCAUGACCUGUGUGAAGUUCCAAGCUUUCAGAGAGCACAUAGUUGGGAAAACAGCCCCUGUUCCCAUCAAAGUGUACGAUUACUACGAGCCAGCUUUUGAAGCCACUCGUUUCUACAACGUGAGUGAGAACAGCCCCCUGGCCAGGGAGCUCUGUGAUGGUCCAACCUGCAACGAGGUGGAAAGCUCAGCCAGCCAGUGGGUUGGCUUUGUCCACUCUGGCCCUUGCAACAACAUCUUUGGCUGCCUGGAGGACGAGUACUUCGAGCAGUGCCUGUGCUCGCGGGACUGCGGCUACGACGGCGAGCCCGUGUGUGGCUCUGAUGGCCACAUCUACCCCAACCACUGCCAGAUGGAGGUGGCAUCGUGCAGGAACAACACCAGGAUAGAGCAGAUGCCCAUGUCUCAGUGUGCUGCCUCCAAGAACCUGCCAGAAGAAAGGGAGACACACUCCCACACAGCUGAGCAGCCCAGUGUUCCCCAGACUCCAGCAGCUCCUGCAGCUCUGCUUCCCCCAGCAGCCGAGGAGGGGCCCCCCCUGCACACAGACCUGUCCUACUACUCCUACGAGUACGACCCCGACGCCUUCGCCGUGGAGGGCGACGUGUUCGAGGUGGUGGCAGAGCUGAGCACGGCCAGCACCUUCAGGGAAGGGGACAGCAGCCAGGCUGAGGCCACCCCAGCAGAAUGAAAUACAUAAUUUAAAUAAAGAGAAGAGGCUCAGAAUCGACUCCUGUAUGAGUUUGCUCCUCCAGACGACCUGCUGCAGAACAGAAUCUGAAUGAUGACUACUUCCUGAUGCCCUCAGAACUGUAGGCUUUGCUGCCCCACGGGGCAGAUCUGGAGCUCUAAGGGGGACACUCAGCGUUAUUUUUCUGUCCAUUUUCCUGCCUUCUUGUGCAUCCUCUUUGGAGCCCUCCCAGUGAUGAGAGACCAAUAUGCUGUGCCCUCUAGGUGAGAAAAAAUAGGGGCUGGAAUUCAAACCUAUAGAGCAUUACCAAGUGUUUUCUCUGCUAUCAGGAUAUUCUGCAAAUGCCAUUUCCUAGCUACACUUAGAAGCUAAGUCCAGGCCUUGUGCUUGGCUGAACUGCUGUUUGAGGAAAGAUGGCUGAGAAGUUUUUUGCUCAAAUUAUAAUAAUAAAAACCAGUGUGUUUUGCCAAUUAUGACAUAGCAAGAGGCUGCUCAUCUUCCUCAGCCCAUCAGUCUACACCCACGAGAAAAACACUUCCCUGUGGCUCCACAAUUCAGGGAAGCUCUUGGGAUGUACAUUUUACCUGAGAAAACUGAAAUCCACUGCCAGGGCUGAAAAGCUUCAUGUCUGCUGCUGUUUGCAGCCUCAGCAGAAGCAGGGAUGAGGUGGGGGAGCCCUCUCUUUGUGUUGCACUACGUGCUGACAGGGGCUGCUUGCAGCCUUCUCAGCCCCUUUCUCCUCAAAGCCUGGCCUGAAAAUGAACCUGGCCCAGGCACAGCCCUUUUAAAUGUUUGCCUGAUUCCACCAACCCCUUUUAUUUUGCUCCCACUGGCACCCAGCACAGCAUGUUCUGGUCCUGGUACUCCCUGGCCAGGCCUGGCUCUGCUGGCCAGUACCAAUCCCUGGUGUCACAGGCUGGACUCCCUCGGUCUGACCUGCCCCAAGCAACGUGGCAAAACUUAAAAAGAAAAGCUUUGUGUUUCCAAAAGUGCAGGAGCCAAGAUUUUUGAGUUUCCCUUCCUGCCUGGAGCAGCAUUGUUCUCUUUGGAGGAGUUACAUGCAAUUGCCUCUUGCAAAAUAGUGUUAAUAUUUUAUCUUCCCACUUCUAUUGUUACCAGGACCCAGAGCAGGGUGGAAACUCCUUUUGAGGGUGUUUAUUGGUGAAUGGAAACAGAAAAAAAAAUCCCAGCUCCAUUCAUUUUUAAGGCUUGUUUACACAGGAACCAUGACAAGAAUAUAUCCCAGUAUAGACAUUCCAUUCCAGAAUAAAGGCAAGUUUAUUCCAGAAAAAUGUCCACAUGGGGACAACCAGGAGGUAUCCCAGAGGUUGGGCAUGUGUAGUUUCCAGUCCUUUUUGUCUGGGGCCAGACAUUUGCAGAAUGCAGCUGACAUGAUGAAGGUCUGGGUCUUGAAGUUCCCAGAAAUUUCUGAGCUGCCUCAGAAGCUGGCAGCUGUGCCAGCCUCCCCUCGUGGCUGCUCCAGGAUCCUGCUGGGAUGAGGGUCCUGCCCCACAUCUGGGGUGUGCAGGGGCAGAUCCUGCCCUCACCCUGGUAGCUGCAUUCCUGCCUGGCAGGUAAAUAAAUGCCUUUAAACUAAAUUCCACCUCCUGCAAGCAACUGUCCUGGCAGGCACUGGCUAUUGUGUACACACACAGGACUGAGUCAAUAUUUAUCCCUGGGUAAAUAACAGGCCUAGUGUGAGCUACAAGAUUCCUUUUUUCUUUUUUUUUCCCUUUUCUAAAACUCAAAACUGCACAAUACAAACCCUGCUGUUUGCUGGUUCAGGCUGCAGCUGUUUGGUGCUGUGAGUUGGGAGGAUGAGGCAUUUGGUCACCCUGGUGAUGUCUGGGACUGCCUUCAUCCAGGAGAUAGGACCUGUGUUCUGGAGUCCUCUGUCCCUUUCUGGUUUUCCUCUCCUGCUCUCUCUCACCCAUUGUACACCCAGUGAAUGCUUCUGGAGAGAUAUUUGAAGUAAUUUUAAAUUGCUUGGUCCUCUCACAGAUCCUUGGGCACUCAGACCUCCCUCUGUGGAUGAGGAGAUGAGGGUGGGGAGUUCCAGCCAAGAAUUAAACCUGCCUUUCUUCACUUUCCUCAGGCUGUGGGAGAUGUAAUGUCCUAAUUCCAGCUGCAGACAUCCCCCUGGUGCUGCCAGGUAAAUAAUUCCUGCUGGUGGUGCCAGCCCAUCAAUCAGGGCCUUGUCUGAGGGAUCUCUGUGCCAGUGCUUGAGGCCGAGGAGUCUGGCUUCUGUUUUACAGUUCAAAGGAAAGCCAGAGAGCCCUGCACCCUCAGAAGGCAAAGGCAGAGCAGCCUUCCUGUCCUCAGAGCCAGACAGAGCAGGGCAGUGUGUGGGAGGGGAUGUGACAGGAUCUCUGGAUCCUGACUUCACCCCCAGCCUUGGCACUUCCAGUUCCUCUGCUCUUGGCAGCCUCUGCCUCCCCCUGCUCUUGCUACACCAAACCAGCUCCUCUUUGUGGCUAAAAAGGUGAUUUUAUUUAAGGAAAUGAAUCAAAGAACCUGCAGUUCCAGAACUGUGGUUGAAUUUUCCCCCAUCACAGGAAUAAAGGUCUCUGCUCUCUCCACCCCAGCUGAGGGUCCAGAGCUUUCCCCUGUCCCACAUUUGCAGCUCAUGUUUCUUGUCACCAUCAUUCAUUCUUAUCUAGGGUAAAAAAUCAUAAUUAUUUUUCCUCCAUUCUUCAACAUCCUGCUUGGAAUACAAAAACUGGAUCCCUGAGCACCACUGGACACAGCUGAACAGACCCAAAGCCACUCACAGGCUUAGGCCCAGCUCUGCUCAGUCUCCCUCCUGUCCCUGAGAGCACAAGGACACCUCAGGCUCCCAUUUUGUGCACCUCAGCCAGGCAGUUUAGAGAGAAGGAUUGGUUUUAUUUUAUUUUAUUUUUUUC